AUGGACGGGGAUACAUUUUCCUGGGGACGCCUCCCUUGCGAGAUUCAAUACGAGAUCGUUGGUCUUCUGCCAAGUCUUGGCGGGAGGUGCAGUCAGCUUUCAACCGUUUGCCAAGCCUGGCGAUCGAUCAUCGAGCCACGCAACUUUGCCGAGAUCAGCCUAACGGUACCGCGUCUUUCCAACCCAGACUUUCAAGCAAUCAUGUUGCGAAAGCAAAAACAGAUUCGAUAUAUCUGGUUUCGGGUGGAGCUAAGGGAAUACGAUUGCAGUCGAUGUGGUGUCAACGAUGACGACCUUGGGCUUAUGGAUGAUAUUGACUCCCAGUUCAUCAUAGAUGCAUUUCACAGCUUGUGUACUAUACUAGGCGCGUGGGAACCUCGUGGUGACUUGGUACUCGAUAUCAGCAUUUAUUCGCCUAGUGACAGCCACCACUGGUUCAAAUACCUGAGCUUCUGCCCCGACACUAACCAAGGGGCGUGCCCGUCUCUCCAUGAACACGAACGUCGAACAAGCCUGGUGAAUGACCCCCUUCAUGGCUGGUCUGCCGGUCAGCGAGUCACUGUUACGGUUGCAACCGCCCUCGAGUCUAUAUUUGAUGAUAUCAGGACUGACUGUCCCUUUGACGGGGAUGACUUUGAAAUGGAGUGGUGGCGGGGUCUUCCCCUCGUACCGGUCGUCGGCGUUGUGCUCCUUCGCCAACAGACUCGCCGGCGGUGGGGGCCAGUUGCGCUCUCGAAUAUGCUCACACGGUUCCCAAACAUGACGGAACUUUGUUAUGAGCCUUGGAGAGAGUGGUGCACUACAAAUGAGGAAGACACUAAUGAGCAAAUCCAGACACUGAUUCAAUCAUUUUACCCGACACAUUUACGCAAGCUAACGAUGUUCGAAAAUUUCAACGAGUAUUAUACAGAAGGAUACCACGAACAAACUCCAGAUGUUUUGAUUAGUAGGGUGCUAGAUCCGGCUGUAAGCCAGAAACUUGCCUACGCUAGUCUACACCUUACGAUUCUAUCUGCCUCCUUUAUGGUCGACGCUGACUACUUUUUCGCAGCGUGUAAAGCCUCGUGGACGUGGGAUAGUCUUACUUCGCUAGCGCUAACUUCGAGGGUCCUCACUAAUAGCAGCGAUGCGGACCCCUUGGAGAUUGACAGCAUGUUUAGAAACGCCGCUGCUGCAGCGUUCAAUAUGCCAAGGCUUGAUACGAUGGAGAUUUGGAACGGCAGUCGCGGUGUUGCAAUGCUCUUUCGGUACCAGAGGGCCCAGCAUGGGCACCCAGCUACCAUCACUAUACGAGGGACAUCAAGCCUUCAUCUAAGUGCUGCAACUACUCGAGCUUGGAAUACGGUCGUUCAUAAGCACAGCCAAAGCAGCUUAAUAGUCCAAUCUUCUUCUCUGAUUGAUCCCGAUAGGAUUCAAUGCCAUGGUGAUGCGAUCCGCGAACUACAACUUUUGAAUAAAGUUAUUCGGCCCAUCUCACUACGGCAAAUCAUUAGCGAACAUCGGUUUCGAGCAUAA